AUGUCUGAUAACGAAUUCACCGGCUCGGAGACUUUGCCAAUAGAUUUGUUGCUGGAAAAAGACCAAAUUCUGAAACAAAUCGAAUUGAAAAUCGAUGCAAUCACAGAGAAAUUGGCUGAACAUGGGCAAAAAUUCAAUGAAAUCUCGGAUAAACUCCAAUCGAUAGAAAAUUUGACAGCGAAAAUUUCGAAAAUCGACGAGGAUGUUGAAGCAAAGGAUACUGUUCCGAAACAAGCAGCUGAAAAGUCUUUCAUAUUAAAGCAUGUUUUUGAGAAUGUUGAGCACUUUGUGAAAGGGAGAAGUUAUGAGGGUGGUUCAGAAAAUCACUUCAAUGUUGUUAGUUGCAUUGCAUUACAACGUUUGAAUGAUCACCUCGCUUGCUUCGUUAGUAUUCGUGGUCCGAAAGAGGAAGUCAAAUGGGAAGUGGAGACAAAAGUGGAUAUCAAAAUUGACGGUCCAAAUCAAAUCAGCAAAGCCGAAAGUUGCAAUCACUGUUUUGAGAAAAAUGAAGGAUGGGGAUUCCCCAAGUUCUUGGAAUGGGAGGAAAUGAAAAAUGAGUAUCUUGUGGAUGGAAAGUUGACUGUGGAAGCUCAUGUGCAACUCAUCGAAUCUUCUGGAUUCAGCAAAGAGAAGAUUCGAAAAUUUGAUGAAUCAAAUAAAGACGAUUCAGAUUAUCUCGCUGCUCAAUCGUCAUUCUUCAAAGCUCUUCUGCUCGGAGAUUCCGCUGAAUCCAAGAAACCAAAAGUGACACUGGCUGGAAUUGAUCCAGAUGAUUUCCACUAUUUCCUCGAAGUUCUACACGGAGAACUUGCCAUUGAUGAAUAUAAUAUCGAGGGAAUUCUUCUCAUUGCUAAUACAUACGGUGCAAAAACUGCAAUCAGAAGAUGCGAGAACUUUCUUCUGAACGAAUCGAAAAACCCGUUGAAAAAGAAACUACAAAUGGCUGUUCGAUAUAAUCUGAAGAAUCUGAAGUACUGUAUUUUUCUGCGAUUUACUUUGUCUAUUGAAUCUGACGUCGCAAAAAGCCAACAAUAUUUGACAGAAGAGCUCGUCGAGAAUCAAAAAGAGCGCGAAAUUCAAAAGAAGCUGUGCGAAAGUUAUGUAGCUGUGCAUGAGAGAACUCUUCUGGAACUAGAAGAUUCUAGAAAAAUUCAAAAAGAGCAAGAGGAGAAAAUCAAUAUCUUUACAGAAGAGAAUAAAAAAUUCAUUGAAAUUCGUCAAAAAUUGAAUGAAGAAAACGAGAAACUUUGCGAAGAAUUGGGAGAAAUGAAGCGAAAAUUGGAGGAUUUUGAAGAAAAGAAAACAUUCCAAAUUUUCAUUAAAAUCAGACAUUAUAUCACUUUGGAUGUGAAGAAGUCCGAUACAAUUGCAGAUGUGAAAAAGAAAUUGUUCAAAAGAGGACUCUUCUGUAAUAAUUGUCUUCUCGUCUAUGGAGGAAAACCCUUGAAUGACUCCUGCACAAUAUCCUAUUACAAUAUUCAACGAGAGUCUACACUGUUCAUUUCCAAUCCCUAUUUUCAGGCAAAUGAUCGUGCCCAAUAA